AUGUCGGCCAGGAAAAGUAGCCCACUGCACUCCGACGCACCACCUGUCCCCGAAUCCCUCCUCAGCCGCGUGAUUGUGGCACCGGUGCUGUUCAUAUCUUUUCUGAUAUCGCUAUUCCUCAUUGACCGCCAAACGUACGGCGGCAUCUUCGCCCGAUCCGGCAGUCAAGAUGGUUACUAUCAUUCCCACCAACGCAAAUUGGCCAAGCGAGAGAUGGACGACGCUUUUCAGAUGCGGAGCAAGGUCAUCGCGGCGAUGGUCUUGUUGAGCGCGAUCUCCUUGGCUCUGCUUGCUUGGAUCCUGGAAUCGGCGUGGAAAGUGUGGAGAUAUAGGACGUGA